AUGGAUUUUUAUUUGUUAUUUGUUGUGCUACUGCAGGUCAAGGCUACAGACAGAGAUUCAGGGAAUUUUGGGCAUAUUGAGUAUUUUCUAUAUGAUGGAUUCCAUAACUAUGAAAAAUCAAAAGCAUUCCAGAUUGACCCGAGCAGCGGCCACAUAUGUGUCUCACAGGACAUUGACAGGGAAGAGGACCCAUCCACAUAUGAUCUCUUGGUGAAAGCGGUAGAUGGGGGUGGCCUGAGUGCUCAAGCUUUCGUCCGCAUAGAGAUAGAAGACAUUAAUGACAAUCACCCUGUCUUCGACCCAGUGACUUACACGACAAGCAUCAGCAGUCAUACGCAGCCGGGAACAGAAAUAAUCAGUGUCGUUGCUACGGACAAGGAUUCUGGAAUAUAUGGAGUUGUGACUUACGAAUUGCUACCGGGUGACUUCUCUUCCCUGUUCACAGUGGAUACAUCUACAGGAACUGUCUACCUGAUAGCAUCUCUCAGUAAUGUGGAACUUACCAAUGUGCUGUUGACUGUUUCUGCCCGGGAUGGAGGUGGCCUUGGUUCUGCUGUUAAUGCAGUUGUGACUGUGAAGAUCCUGCAGACGGCUGUGGCUCCUGCUGUUUUUGAGAGAUCACGUUACACUUUUUCCAUCCCCGAAGAUGCCCCUGAAGGAAGUGCCGUCGGAACAGUGAAAGCAAGGGAACCCUUGAAUUUAUUGGAAACGAUUUCCUACAGAAUUUCCUCCGGUGAUCCCUACGGAAGGUUUUCCAUUGACCCUGAGUAUGGAAUCAUCCGCACUAAGAAGCAGCUCGACCAUGAAGCCCAUUAUCACACCCUUCUCACAGUGCAGUCACAGUUGGGAAGCUCCCCUGUCUACAGCAGCGCCCAGGUCAACAUAACCGUGAUUGACGUCAAUGACAACCCUCCAGUGUUUGUGUCGGAAUCUGACCAGAUUAAUAUAUCGCGAAGCACGGUGCCUGGCACAGCUCUUUACAUCGCUCAUGCAGAGGACAAAGACAGUGGGCUGAAUGGCGCAGUCCGGUAUGCCAUUGUAAGCAAUCGAUCAAGUAUUUUUACCAUCGAUCCCGUUCUCGGGGUACUGUACCUUGCCAGAACUCUGGAGAGUGAUAAACAGCAUGAACACACAGUGGUGCACAUUACAGCAGAAGAUCAUGGAAGUCCUCCCUUGAGUUCUGUGUUGAUCCUACGAGUGGUAAUCGACGAGCAUAAGGGACACCCCAUGUUGACUUUUGAAAAUUUGGUGUAUCAGGUGGAAGUCAGUGAAGCAGCACCCAUAGGUGUCAGAAUUCUGCAAAUCCAAGCCCGGAAGUUAGAUCCCCAGCGUCCCCCUGGGAAUGUUGUGUACUCAUUGGAGCAUAACACGGAUUCUGCUUCAUUUAGAAUUGAUCCAGAAGCAGGUGUGAUCUACCUACGGAAUGCUUUAGAUUACGAACGUACGCAAAUGCAUAGUUUUAGAGCCUUUGUUACUAGCGCAGCAGAUAAGUCAGGGCAGAAUGCAAGUACAUCAGUGAUAGUUAACGUAGUGGAUGAAAACGACAAUUCUCCCGUGUUUUUGCGUGAUGCCUAUUUUUUUGACGUGGAGGAGAGUUCGUUGGCCCAAGGUGUGGUUGGCACAAUAGCCGCAGUUGACAAGGACUCUGGAAGAAAUGCGCAGCUCUCCUAUUUCCUCUUAUCAGAUGGAAAAUAUUUUAAAAUCAAUUCCAAUACAGGUGAAAUUAUAAACUGGGUUGCAUUAGACUAUGAACAGCAGGCUCACCACUACCUGAUUGCUCUGGUGACUGACCACGGGGUCCCGCAACAUAAUGCCACAAUAACAGUCUAUAUCUCUGUUACGGAUCUCAAUGACAACCACCCAUGCUUCCCACAGCUUCUGUCUGGAGCAGAGCUACAUGUCAAGGUUUUGGAAGGGCAACCAGCAGGAACCCUGGUUGCCACCAUGUUUGCCAAGGACCUUGAUUCUGGGAACAGUGGGAUCGUGUUAUAUUCAUUGUCCUCAGGGGAAAGUUAGGCAAUUUUCAGAUUGACAGCAGCAGUGGUGAGGUUAAGGACCACUGAAGCUCUUUUGUACAAUUGGCGGUUCAAGCUACCAAAUGGCCAAUCACUGCAGCUGUAUCAGGGGGUCCCUCCUCUUCAAGGACAAGUAGUCAUCACUGUGGAGGUACUCCCACUUCCCCAAGGGAGAUCUGUUCCCUCCCCAAACAUCAGACACUUUGUCCUACCAGAAAAUUUUAGGCCUGCGCAAAUGCUGGGCUCACUAAAAUUGCCUCAUCAGCACCCGUAUUCCAACAGAAAACAGCACUUUAGCAUAUUUGAAGAAGAUUCUGAUGCUCCAUUUGAAAUCAACAGUGCUACUGGGGAUCUGUUUCUUUCCAAAGAACUUGAUUAUGAAACAGUUUCUCACUACUUCCUUAGAGUUGUUGUGAAUGAUUACCCGAAUAGUUCUCCACAGAAUAAUACUUUUUUCCUCAGUAUUGAUGUCAAAGAUGAAAACGACCAUUCACCAUCUUUCCAGGAUGACUUUGUUGUAAUUGGGAUAGAGGAGAAUGUGCCCGUUGGCACCUUGGUGUACACCUUUAAUGCAAAAGAUGGAGAUGGCAGUUUUUUAAACAGCAACCUUCAGUAUUCUAUACACGGGAAUGACUUCACUGAAAAUCCAUUUCUCAUUCACCCCUCUUACGGUAGCUUAAUCACAGCAGUUCCCCUUGACCGAGAGAUGACUCCAUUUGUUGUCCUGACAGUGUCGGCAGCAGAUCAGGCCAACUUGACUGAUCGCAGGCAGAGUUCAUUGACAGCAAAAGUCAUCAUUUUAGAUGUCAACGAUACCCCUAGCUUCGUUUCAUCUCCUCUUUCCUACGUUAGAGAAGACGCAGCGGUAGGCUCAUUAGUGCAUCACAUACUUGCACGGGAUCUAGACCAAGGAAGGAAUGGACAAGUCACAUACUAUCUUCUCUCGAAUAACGAAGACCAUCCAUUUGUAAUAGAUAAAACUGCAGGACUGCUAACUACCGCCUUUGCUUUGGAUCAUGAACGCCAAGUAUACAACCUGACCGUUGUGGCCCUCGAUAACGACCCAGCUCUGUCUGCAACUCAGAGUCUGACAAUAAUUGUUGUCGAUGUAAAUGACGAAGUUCCAGUGUUUACCAGAUCUCUAUAUGAAGCUUUCAUCUGUGAAAAUGAAGAUCCAGGAGCAGUUGUCAUUAAAGUUGAAGCCAUAGAUAAAGAUUCAGGAAUCAAUUCUCUACUCCAGUAUGAAAUUUUACCAGGUCCUGGAUAUGAAACUUUUCAAAUAAACCCAGAUACUGGAGAAUCAACAGUCAUCUCGCUUGACAGGGAGGCUCAAGAUAAAUUCACUAUUAAAGUGCUGGUUCAAGACAGUGGAACUCCCAUUUUAUCCAGUACAGCGACAAUAACCUUCAGAGUACUGGAUGAAAAUGACCACGCUCCCAAGUUCGUCCUUCCAGUUUCUGAGAUCCAAAUUAUGGAGAACCAAGAGCCUUCAACAGUAUCAACUGUGUUGGCUGUAGACAAGGACGCUGGUGGUAAUGGGACUGUGCAAUAUCACAUCAUUGGUGGAAAUGCUAAAGGAUAUUUUGCAUUACACAAAACGUCAGGAGACCUCUUCACCACUUGCAGCUUAGACAGAGAAACUGACAGCAACUUUACCCUGGUUAUUGAGUGUUUCGACUUGGGCAGUCCACCAAAAAGCUCUGUGACCCAACUGCAUAUCAAAGUCCUGGAUGAAAAUGACAACAGUCCCUUGUUUGCAAGAAACCAGUAUCAAGUGUCAGUGAGAGAAGAUCUCGGAGAACGGUCAGCAGUUCUUGAACUUUUUGCAGCAGAUGCAGAUGAGGGUCUAAAUGGCGAGGUCACAUACUCUCUCACAGAGGACAUCCUUGGAGCCUUCACCAUUGACAGGAUUACUGGUGUGAUAUUUACUACCAAACUGCUGGACCGGGAAUUAAAAUCUCAGUAUGUAUUUAAGGCUUUGGCAACAGACUCUGGCAUCCUAGGACCAAGAAGCACGAGUGUUACUGUAAUUGUGCAUGUCGAGGAUCUCAAUGACAAUAGUCCCUUUUUCCUACAGAAUCCUGUCAUAGUUCAUGUAUCUUCUCACACACCUGUAAAUCAGACAUUGGCUACUGUGAGAGCCAGUGAUGUUGACCUAGGACUAAAUGGAGUUGUGAAUUUUAGGUUCCUGAAACCAGAAACCAUGUUUCAGAUGGGCCCAAGCACGGGAGAAAUUUUUCUUCAAGAACCUGUACCUCAUGAAGGCCUCGUUUCACAUCUCCUGAUAGUGGCUUCUGAUCAAGGAGUCCCAGCUAGAACAGCUACUGCACUUUUGGCCGUCUAUUCAGAAGCACAGGCAGAUAUUAUUUCGUUCAGCCGUACUGAGUACGAAGCAGCAGUUCCUGAAAAUAGUGAAAUAGGCACCUCUGUUUUCACUGUGGCUGCAUAUGACCGUAGUUUGACGGGAAAGAAUUUAAAACACACAAUCAUCAGUGAACAUGAAGAUAUUUUCUACAUCCAUCCCAUCAUGGGUGACAUCACAGUAAAACGAGCUGAAUUUCUUGACUAUGAAGUGAGGAAAAAAGUACAUUUUGCAGUCUUAGCUGGAAAUGGCUUAACUUCAGCGGUGUGUGGGGUGACAGUAUUUAUACAGGAUGUGAAUGAUAAUGCACCUCGAUUUGAGCAAAACUAUUUCAAAACAUCAGUGUGGGAAGGUCAAGUCUACAACACCUACAUCAUGCAGAUCUACGCAACAGACGAUGACGCUGGACUUAACGGAGAAAUUGAAUAUUCAAUUUUAUCUGGCAACACAAAUGAAGCAUUUCUUAUUGAUUCAGCACAAGGAAUUAUAUCAACGAAUGCAAUCCUAGACCGUGAAGACAUUCCAUCAUAUAGGUUAGUUGUGCAAGCUGUUGACAGAGGAACCCCCAGGCUAUCUGCUACAAGCACAAUAGAAAUACAAGUUGUGGAUAUCAAUGACAAUGCUCCAACUCUCCAGCCGUUUGGCAUCGUUGAACUCCCUGAAAAUGCCCCACUUGGCUCCCUGGUGAUGCAAGUAUUGGCAGAUGAUGUGGACCUAGGACCACCCCUUCACUACAGUUUUGCUGAGAAUGGAAAUCCUGGGAUGAAAUUUGCAAUUGACCAAUGCCAUGGAACAAUCACAUUGGUGAAAGCAUUAGAUUUUGAAGAAAUCACUCAGCUUGAACUGUUGGUCAGAGUUUCGGAUUCUGUGCAUCCAACUACAGAACAACUUCUGAUAUUUAUAUCUGAUAUUAAUGAUAACCCACCAGUAUUUACUCAGGAUGCAUAUCAGGUGAUGAUACCAGAACGUAUGCCUGUACCUGCCGCUCUUUUGACUGUUUAUGCCACAGACAGAGAUUCAGAGUACAAUGGAAAACUAACCUACGGAAUUCUGACCCCCUUUGAUGAAUUUUCUGUUGAUCCACAAAAUGGCUCACUAUAUCUGGUUAAGACAGUGACAUACCAGGAAAAGAAUCCAGUUAUUCGACUCCGUGUAGAAGCCAGUGACAGUGGGAAUCCUCCUUUGACUGCUGUUGCUUCAGUGCUCAUACAGAUCCAGGAUGUGAAUAAUUACAUCCCUCAAUUUACUGUGCCAUCGUAUAAUCUCAGUAUCAGUGAAAAUGUAUCCAUUGGAGAAAUGCUGCUAACAUUCUCAGCUAUUGACAGGACACAUGACAGCACCUAUGUUGAAUAUGCCAUUAUUGGUGGUAAUGGUAGUAAUAAGUUCCAGGUGGAAAAAUGCAUCAUUGGGCCAGAAUCUCCAAGUAAAGUGGCUGGAAACCUUGUGUUGAGAAGCAUUCUAGAUCGCGAGAGCAGUUCAUCUUACCAGUUGUUAAUUCUUGUAUCUGACUGUGGGACUCCUCCUUUAAACGCCACAGCUACAGUGUCAAUCACUGUUUUGGAUAUUAACGAUAACCCACCUAUAUUUAGCAGUUUGGACUAUAAAGUUCAUGUCAGGGAAAAUAUCCCUGUAGGCAGUCAUGUUACUGCUGUCUCAGCUAGUGAUUGCGAUGCUGGACCUAAUGGAGACGUCACGUACAGUAUCACCUCUGGAAAUGACAAGGGACACUUUCGUUUAGAUGGGAAAACCGGCUCCCUUGAUCUGGUCAGAGCUUUGGAUUAUGAAGAAACAAUGAAUUUCAGUCUGACUAUUCAAGCUUCUGAUGGAGGAGUUGGCAUAAAAAAUGUGGCCUUUGCUGUAGUUUUUAUCAGCAUCCUCGAUGCUAACGAUUACGUCCCAGUAUUUGUAUUUCCCACCCAGGACUGCAGAAUCCAUGAAAAUCUGCCUGCUUUUUCUUUUGUCUGCAGAAUUUCUGCGCUGGAUUUUGAUACCGGCCCCUACGGUCACCUUUCAUAUUCCAUCCAGUCAUCGUGUUUGUCUGGUCAUGGAACUCCUGGAGAUCAUGACAUGUUUUUCAUAGAUCCUCUGACUGGAGAGAUCCGCACCAAGCAGGUGCUUGAUUUUGAAGACCAGGACAAGUAUUGCUUCAUAGCUCAGGCCAAAGACAGAAGCGACUCAACAGCCACUAUCACCGUUCAAGUGGAGGUCGAGGGGACAGAUGAAUUUGACCCUGUCUUUAACCAAGACCAAUAUUUUUUUGAUUUCCCUGAAAGGAAUGAAGCAGGGCAGUUGAUUGGCAAAGUCACAGCAUCAGAUUAUGAUGGAGGAUUGGAUGGUGUUAUUCAUUACACUUUGCUAAAACAGUCACCUUUCUUUUCUGUGAACCACAGCAGUGGGGCCCUCUACUUGACUAGACCUUUCCACAGGAAGAGAAUUGGCAUGAAGAGAGCAGGCGAUACUCUUGAACUGCUUGUAAAAGCUCAUAGCCCAAAGCUGGACUCAAAGUCUAGCACGUGCACAAUUCUGGUGAACAUUUCUAAAGCUCCGGAGAGUUAUUCCAUGUUGCCAGUGGAAACAGUGUCCAUUAGCAUCGCCGCUUCAACUGUAGCAUUCCUGUUUCUGGCCAUCAGUCUUGCUGUGCUUAUUGUUAGAUUCAGACGAAAAGACACAGCAAACUCUAGCAUGAAGAAAGAGAUGCCAUGUCCCUCAUCUGCUGAUUUGAAAUUAGACCAUGAGAAUAGUGCUCCUAAAGAUGUUCGGAAAUCCCAAAUCCAUGCAACCGGUAACCUUCCAGUAGGCACCAUAGCAGAGUGGCUAAAUUUGGUAGGCAUCAGAGAGAGAAGGGACAUGGGCAAUCAUUGUAGGCAUUCGGACUCCAGCGGCCAUGGUUCUGCAGAAGGAGAAACUGCAGAAGAUGAGGAAAUAAAGAGGAUCAAUGAGCAUCCCUGCAGGAAGGGUUCCGGAUCAGCUUUAAGUGACCGAGGCUCACGUAUACCUGACUCAGGAAUUCCAAGAGACUCUGACCAGCUUUCGUGUCAGUCUGAGGAGACUGAUGUCGUGGCCAUUUCUCAAAGCAUAGAGGCUGCCCACUCUUUCAAAGAUGGAAAUGGAAAAGAGGGAAAAGAAUGUGACACAAAGUAUGCUUGCAAUAAAAUGCUGUCUGAAACACUUCACAACAUGGGGAUGAAGGAAAAAGACAUCAUGACAGACAUCACAAGAGAAUAUAUCUUCAUACCUGAUGAUCAGAACUCCCAUUAUGGAUCUCUUGCUACCCUAGUUGACUCUGAUGAGGAUCUCAGAGGCAGCUAUAACUGGGAUUACUUGCUUAAUUGGGAACCCAGAUUUAAGCCACUUGCAUCUGUGUUCAGUGAUAUUGCAGAACUGGAGGAUGAAAGCUUAAAAAUGCAUAGCUUUCCUAAGGAGAAGAAAUCUUUCAUCUUUCCUCCUCCUCUAAUUACUUCUGUAGCUCAGCCUGGUUUAAAGACAGUCCCCCCGCGAAUUCCAAAUCUGUUGCCUGGUCAGGCAUUUAAGAAAUACCCCCGCUCACCCCUCAUCCAUCAUCUGAGGUAUCCUCCAUCUGCUAUGACUCCCAGUUUUUCACCUUCUCUGUCUCUGCUUACCACACAGACCCCUACAGCAUCUCCAGUGGCCUCCCAUCCUAACCUGAAGGGAAUAUGCCCUGGUGGCGCAAAGUGUGAACUUUCAGCAGAUGAAGAAGUUCAAGUAUAGAUUAUUUAUCAUUGACUUAAAGUGUUACAUGAACGUUUGGCUAAAUGUUUUUGCCAUAUUCCUUAAUGAGCAUUGCAUGUCAUCUCUGUAUCUGUAAGAGGGAGAAAAAUAUUUUUUACAAGUUAAAACAUUUUACCUGCCUAAUUAAUUCACUGCAGGGUGUACUCCAGAUCUGUUAGGGACCUCCUUGAUUAUUCAUUAUGAAUUUACCUACAUUAGCUAUUUGUGUUCUGUAUGUUCUAGACAUCUAGGGGGAAAUCGCUGGUGGAACAGAACUUUCACGUAAUGCUUACUCUUAAACUCAGGUGAAUAGUUGAGGAUGUG